UGCUGUUCUCUUGAAACAUCCCACCCUCGCCUUCUCCCACAGUCUAACUUGGUUUAUAUUAUCAUUAUUGUUUUUUGCAAAUAUGUGAAAAAUUCUGGAGAAAAUAAGGCAUUUUGUUCCUCCUCCCUUCUCCCCAAAGUUUAUUAAAAAAAAGAAAAAAAAGUAAAAAGAGUCCUCCUCCACCUUAACACCCCCACUUCAUCCCCAACCUUCCUUGCCUUAAAAACUCCUUUUUGCGGACCAAAUUCUGAAACUCAAGAAUAUCUUCUUAGUGCCUAAAACCCUUAUGAUUUGUGGUGCUCUCCAGGCAGCAAACCCUUCCCUGGAAUCCUCGACCUGUUUGGAAGUAGUGGUGGCCUUUGUGAAUACAGGGCCAGCCUCUUGGCCGGACAUGGUUUUGCUGUGCUUGCCCUGGCUUAUUUCAGAUUCGAAGACCUCCCUGAACAUCUGAAUGAUGUGUGCCUGGAGUAUUUUGAAGAAGCCGUGGACUUCAUGCUACAGCAUCCAAAGGUGAAAGGCCCUGGUGUUGGGCUUCUUGGCUUCUCCAAAGGAGGUGACCUGUGUCUCUCAAUGGCCUCUUUCUUGAAAGGCAUCACAGCCACUGUAGUUAUUAAUGCCUGCGUAGCCAACACAAUAGCUCCUCUGCGUUACAAAGAUAUGAUUAUUCCUGAGCUCAGCUAUGACCUAAAAAAACAUACAAUCACUGAGUCAGGCUUUUUAAAUUUUGUGGAUAUUUGGGACAACCCACUGGAGAAAACCAACCACCAAAGUCUUAUUCCAUUGGAAAAGGCCCAGGGGCCCUUCCUGUUUAUUGUUAGCAUGGAUGAUCAUAACUGGAAGAGUAAAGUCUAUGCUCGUAUAGCCUCUGAACAGUUACAAGCCCAUGGGAAAGACAGACCCCAGAUAAUCUACUAUCCAGGAAGUGGCCAUUGUAUUGACCCACCUUAUUUUCCUCUUUGUAGAGCUUCUGUGCAUGCAGUUUUGGGCCAACCAGUAUUCUAUGGAGGUGAGCCAAAGGCUCACUCAAAAGCACAAGCAGAUGCCUGGCAGCAAAUUCAAACUUUCUUCCAUAAACAUCUCAAUGGUAAAAAAUCUGUCAGGCCCAGCAAGUUGUAACACUGUAAUCAUAGACCGUAUAUUAAUAAAAAUCCUGGAUUUCCCUGAUA